UACAUACAAAAAAAAUGGGGGAUAUUCAGCAUCAAAGCAUUGUCAGCACCAGCAGCAUCAACUCUGCCGCUUUACGCAGUAAAAACCAAAAGCAGUCACAAAAUCAUUAAAGAAAACAGAGAAACUGUUUAAGAAAACUGGAUUCAUAUCUUCCAUCGGUAUCCCUGUAGUUCAACAAAACUCCACCCACAUGCACACGGAUGACCUUAUCCUUAAUGAUUAUGGUUUUUCUCCACUGGUCAUAAGCUCUACCCUCCAACGUGCUUCUGAGCUUUCUUUUCCAUUCCUGGUUAGUAGUGAGAAUUUCUAAACUGGCCGAGUCCCGCUCAGAUUUUCGUAAUCCUCAUUCCAGCAUUUCAAACUCUGCACCAUCGUCGUUUCUUAUUGCUUCCAUUCUUUUCACCAUGGUGAAAUUGUCUCCUGCCAUAUGCGUAGAGCAGCAUCCACCAACCUGUUCUUGCCUUUACUGUGGGAGACAACGGCAAGGUUGCUGGAGUUCAGGAAACACCGAACUAUUUUCUAUGAAAAUCAAAUGGCACACUAUGUUGAAGCAAAGCCUAUAGACAUGAUCAUGAUCCUAGUUCUGCUAUUCUUGCUUUCAAACUAUUCCAAGAACGAUGCUCCUUGCUCAGCACAUCAGUUAAUGAUAUGAAUCUUUCUGCAGAUAUUUCAGUCCAUUAUCCAUGUCACCUGUCAUCUGCUUGAUUGGUCCCGGCCUACUUGAUCACGGCUUUUGAGUGGUAAUUAAAAGAUACUCUCACAGGAAAAUGAAUGAAAAUAGUUCCAUAUAUGUUCACAAUCUAAAAUGUUGGAACUUACUUUUCUAGGUGAGCAAAUCCAUGCUUUUUACAGUCACUGUGUUAUGUCUGGUAGGCUCUUAAGAUUCUGCUUGGGAAAGAAAGCUUUUUCAUCUGUUACAGACAAGCUGACAUGUUGUUCCUAUGAUUCAGCGUCUGAAAAACAUCAAAACAUGGAAAUAUGAACCUGUAUUUGAGAGGUUCAAUGUUCUUCUAAGAAUUGCCAUUAUAUGGGCAUAUGCUCAACAAUAAUUCUAUGCAGGAUCUAAUUUCCUUAUCCUCUACAAUGGGGUGCUUAUAAUGGCUGGAUGGAGGUAAGCUUUGAAGCAACUUUUGAGUUCUUGAUUCUUGAUCCAGGCUGCUUGUUGAGGGCAGAGGACCAAUACCAGUUAAUCAAUUUCAUGCAGUUUACAGGCUCUUAUAUUGCAGCAUCAAGAUUUGCCAUGGCCACCCCAUCUCCUGCACAUGUUCUUAGUCGCGGAAUAGGCUGGCAGGGCAUAGGCAUAUUGCUUGAUGGGCUAUUUGGAUCCUUCACUGGCUCCACAGUGUCUGUGGAGAAUAUUGGCCUUCUUGGGUUAUCUCGGGUUGGAAGCCACAGGGUAGUCCAAGUAUCAGCUGGUUUCAUGAUCUUAUUCUCGGUCUUAGGUUCACUUGGACUGUCAUUCCUUCAGUUUACCAACAUGAAUUCGAUGAGGAAUAUGUUCAUAUCUGGACUCUCCUUGUUCCUGGGCUUAUCAAUUUCCCAGUAUUUUAAGCAAACCUGACUUUCAACUUGACAUGGUCCUGUUCCCACCAAGGCAAGUUGGGUAAGAAUCUUGAUCACUAAUUGCUGCCUUAACAUGAAAGGAUAAACCUAAAACUGACUGAACUUUUGCAUCUUUUCAGUUCAACUGCAUCCUUAACACACUGUUCUCUUCCCCGCCAAUUAUUUGCAUCGAUAGUUACUAUCUUCUUGGACAACACAAUUGAUGUUGACAUGUCAGAGAAAGAUAGAGGAAUGCCAUGGUGGGCAAAGUUCAGAAGUUUCAGAGGAGACACUAGGAAUGAAGAAUUUUAUACAUUACCAUGUAAUCUUAACAGGUUCUUUCCACCAGGAUGAAAGUUGUAAGGCUGAUUUCCCAGUUCACAGAAAGCAAUCUCUUGCUCCUACUUGAAUAUUUUGUUCAGUCAAUCGAAAUGAAAGAGAUUCCUGCUUACAAUCCGCUCAUCUAACUGUUUAGUGCUUCUCUUUAAUCAUUUUGAGUUUCUAGCUACAGUUUUUAGAUGCAAUAACAGACUGAAGAAAAUUCUCUGUUGUAGCAUAAUAUAAUCAAUUAAAUGCAUGCAACAAUUAAAAUCUUGAUCCUGCCUCUGAAUCAAGUUCCACAUUCUUUUGAACGCCUACCAUGUCCAGAAUAUGUUCAACUCCGGACAAAAAUUUGUAUUUGGCCAUAACCAACCUGACAAGAUCUUACAUAUUACUUAAUGUGCUAAUGACUUCCAUCUCCAACUGCUUCCCUCAAUGGCUGCAAGUGCAACUGAUACGCUGAUUGUGUCGGCCAGCAUUGCUUCUACAGCAGCUCCAAGUGCAUGCUAGUGGUUUAACAACUGAGUAUUCUAUUUGAAGGCAAAUUUGUUCGAUGAAGACUAUGGCAUGAGUUGCUAAAUAUGCAUGCAACUCUUAAGCAUCCACACCAACCACUUGUAAACUUUUGUUGAGAGCAAGAGACUCUCAUUGCUUUAGUGUGCAUGCCAUGUGAAUUCUCAUCCGAUGCAAAUCAGCGAGAGAUAGGUCUCCCAACCUUUGAUUGAUAAAAUAAUAGAGGUAUACAAAUCAUAGGAACAAAAAAUUGGAGAAAUCUGCUGCAUAACAAAAACAAAAACAGCAGACAAACCCUAGGCCAAAAUGAAACAAUAAGCAUAACUCAGACCGGCAAGGCUGGUCAGUCCAAUGAGGACAGCGGAUUUGCAGCUCAAAGCGUUGGAAACAAAAGGUAGUCAACCACUUGGACAGGAAUGUCAUCUGGAGAUAGCUGACUUUAUGAGGAAGAAGCCAGCAGACCUUGAAAGUUGCAUAAGAGUCUGUAAAGACCUUCAGAGGCUAUGGUAAGGAAAGAGCGGAGUUUCCUAUCAUUAGUACAGACCGUAAUAGGAACGCCACCUAGUUCAUGGAACAUCACUAUAUAGUUAAGAACCUUCAGCUCCGGCAGAAGUAGAUCAUUACAUCUGCAGAAUGCUCCCCACUUAAUGAAACCCUGCUGUUCAUUUCUAUUAACAUACACAAUACGAAGAUCUUUGUCCAGCCGUAGGGUGAGAAAAUAGACAUCGGCAUUGAUUGAGAGGCGGGGGGGCUCACUAAAAUGCUAUAGCAGAGCCACAGGUGAAGUUCUCUCCUCUCGGCUUUACAAGCAAGGCGGAGGAAGGAGUCCACACAGGAUUGCCAAAUCUUCUUGAUGAAGGUGGGGAUAGGUAGAGUAGCCCCCUGGUAUAAUGGCUCAUUUCUCAACAACCAAACCUUCCAAAUGACAGUAGGAAAGGCAAUAGCCCAGCAUCUGUAAAGCCAUCCUUUCUUGAAGGAGGUCGAUUUCCACCUCUUAAGUUCUUGAAUAAUACCCCAUUGGGGCGUUUGAAAUCUCUGAAAUUUCCUACCUAUCUACAACCAAGUAUUGGACGAGUAACUACAAUUAAACAGGAGGUGGUUGAGACUUUCUUCAUAUCUGAGACACAGUGGACAGCGGCUGGGAAGGUGCGAGCCGAUUUUCUUUAGUCAAGUUUAGGUAGGAACUAGAAAGUUUGAGUUCACUAGCCAUGAAUAAAAACCACUUAGCCUGGGAUGGAAAGGGUUGGCCCAUAUCCAGUCUCGCCAAGCAUACUUGGGGAAUUUUGUUUUGUCAGACUUUGCCAAGGAGGACACCUCCUUACUUCCCGACAUGAGCUUAUCAGGGGGAGCAGCAUAGGGGAUGGAGGAUAAUUUAGAAGCCUGCAACCAAUGAAUUUGGAAAGCGUAGGAUCAAAUCUGUAAGGCUGCGAAAAUUGUCUCAUGUCAUGAAUGCUAAGAAGAGAAUCAUGCAGGACCGUAGCUUGACUCUCUCCAUCUAACUCCAAAAGUGGAACACUGAGCCCCAUUUGUCGUUCUUACCUUCAUCUACUCUCCAUUCAACAAUUUCAACUUGGUUCUUAACAUCUGCCCAACAUUUGAGCAAAGUGUCUCCAAAGCCAGGAGUAACGACUUUUCAUUUUACAGGUCCAUAGACUGUCCUCGGUCAGGUACUCAUUGCCUAGGAUUUCAGCCCAAGGACAUGGAGAGUUGGGGACAUUGAGAAUGAUGUGUCAUAGCAUAUGUAGUGAGGUUUCCUUUUUUCGGGCCAAUUGUCCCACAGAAAAGAAGCCAUAAGUUUCUCAAUAGAUCCUAACACCGCAUGCGGUAGGGGUAAGCACGAAGACCAAUAUUCCACUAACUGCACAACCACUGAUUUGAGCAAACAGAUACAGCUUGAGAAAGACAAAGUCCUGCUCUUCCAAGCUGCGAGGUAGUUUGGAAUAUUCUGUAUGAGCGGGGAGCAUUGUGAAACCGUCAUGCUACCGUAGAACAGGGGAACUCUGAGGUAUGUGGUCGGCAAGGAUCCAUGAUGUCAUCUCUAAAAUCUGUUGUUGUUUCACACUGCCGACAUUAAAGAAGUAGACGUUGGAUUUCUGCUCAUUGACAGUUAGGCCAGACGCUUGGGAGAAUGCAAGAAAGGUGCCCCCAAUAGCGCUAAUAGACGAUUCUGAGGCUUUGGAAAAGUAGAGAAUAUCAUCAGUGUAGAUGUUAGAACCGGAGAUCUAACAUUCUUAGUGAUCAAUGGAGGAGUAAGCAGAGAUAAUUCCUGAAGUCUGGCAAGGCGACGCUGAAAUAUUUCCAUGGAAAUAAUGAGGUACGGGAAGAUUGGUCUCCUUAUAGUAUACUACUUUGAGCAGGAAGAAAAUCACCGUUGACACCAUUUAACAUCACCGAGAAGGACAUAGAAGUGACACAAAGCAUUACCCUCUGGAUCCAAGAUUGACCAGAUACUGGAGGGAGUUGUGGAUAAAAUUCCAGUUUCAAUCUAUCGUAUGCUUUGGAGAGAUUAGGGCUUGGACAUGGGCGAUGAUGAUAUUAUUUCUAAUUCUUCUACCCUUCAGAAAGGCACCUUGCUCGGGAGAUAUAAUGCGUGUGAGAAUGGGCCUCAUCUUAUCUGUCAUGAUUUUAGUUAUAAACUUAUACAGGCAAUUGCACAAGGCAAUAAGCCUGAAAUCCUCAGGUUUGAAAGCUCCAGACGCCUUGGGGAUAAGGACAUAAGGGACUUAUGAAGCUUCUUAAUAAUUCUGCCAGAUGAGAAGAAGUUUUUUACAGCUAGGCAGACAUCUUUACCUACGAUGUACCAAAAUUGCUCAUAGCAGCCCACUGAGAAGCCAUCCGCCUGGGGAGCCAUACUGGUUCAUAGAGAAUACCACUGCGCGUAUCUCCUCGUCGGUGACGGGGCUCAGUAAGGAGUUUGUUCCUCAUCAUUCACCUGCGCUUCAGCCUGAAGAUAGUCAAGUAAGUCCCCUGAAGACCCAUCCGCAGAUAAAAGGUUGCUGAAAUAGUUUUCACAAAGUGCUCUGAUGAUAAUAGGGUCUCUAGUAGGCCCAUGAGGACCUUCCAUCUCAGUAAUACGGUUAGACGGGAACAGCCUUCAAUCAUGACAGUGGGUGCAGAAUGGAGAGAUUUCGUCCUAAUCUAGGGUUCCUCCAGAUAUUGAGAAGGAAAGAAAGUCACAGAAAAAUGAGAUUUCCUUCCCUUCUUCUUCUUCCUCCUCGCACAACAAUGGGAUACUUGCAGUGGACAAUGAUGUGGGCUGUGAGAGAGACAGAGAGACAGAGAGAGCAGCUUCAAACUGCUGCAGCAGCUGUUGCAGCGGCAGGCAAU